UCUAGAAUAUUCCUGAGUCACGAAGCAUCAAAUAACAGACAAUUUCAUCUCGCAUUCUGCGAUUCUGCGGCACUUUAAUCCAGCCCUGAAAGAGGGGAAACACCCACAGACACCUCUCUCAUUAUCUUCCUGAUCAGAGUGCCUCACGUGACGUCCCUGGAACAUGCCACCAUCAAACAAAAGGAGUAGCGAUGGGGCUAAGGGCAGCUUUACAACUGCUCAACAGCCGGCGGCAAAAAGGCCUCGUCUUGGUCUACCUGUAGACCCGGCGAAUCUCCCCGAUGGACCCUGGAAAAGGAAAUUGACCAAGGUGAAAAAGGAACUCUUUCAUCAAAAGAAGGUAGAAAAACAGUAUGCCAAGGUCAAAGCCCGGUACCAGCGACAAAAGGAAGAGCAGAAAAAGGUCGCUGCAGGCGACGAAGUCUAUGUCCACCCGGACAGGCAGAUUCAGGCAGUAGCCACUGUAGGCGAGCAGGGCACAUCGAUCGAGGACGGCGCUGUCCAAGCCAAUGAAGAGAGUUCUGCGGCUGCAGUCACAGCAACAUCACCACCACCACCACCCUCGCCUGACGUGACGGCAGAGGACACGGUCAUCCAGAAGGGCAAACAUCGGGCAGCACCUACCGGCAGCCGUCAGCAGUGUGGGAAGCCGGCCUACUUCCAAAAGGAGCUGGCCGAGGCCGAGGAGCACAAGAGGGCUGCUGCCGAGCGCGAGGCGCAGGCCAAGGCCCGCGAGGAAGAACGCGCUCGCAAGAUUGCGGAGCGCGACCGGUUGCGCAAGGCCAUGGCCAAGGCUAGGAAGCCAUCGGCGAUGCCUGGCCGCCACGGCGGUAGGGUGAAGCUAGGCCGUGAGAGUGGAAUUUUACUCGACAAGGUUAAGAAGAUGGUGGGUCAGCAAAGGUGA